ACCAUAACGUUGGAUGCCAACCACCGAUAAACCCCACUGAAGAAGAAGAGAUUCUUCCCUUCCGGAAAAUUCAGCGUGACCGACGUUUCGUGUCUCUAUAGACUUAAAAAUGCGUUACGUGGCCGCUUACCUCCUGGCUGUGCUCGGUGGCAACACCAGCCCCUCCUCCAAGGACAUCAAGACCAUCCUGGGGAGUGUUGGAAUCGAGGCCGAAGAUGAGCGCCUAGACAAGGUUGUCGCUGAAUUGAAUGGAAAAGACAUCAAUGAAGUCAUGAACUCUGGCCUCUCUAAGUUGGCCUCCGUGCCAGAAGGUGGUGCUGUAGGAGCUCCUGCUGCUGCUGCUGCAGCUGGGGUUGCUCCUGUUGCUGCGGAAGAGAAAAAGGAGGAGAAGAAAGAGGAAUCUGAAGAGGGAUCUGAUGACGACAUGGGAUUCGGCCUCUUUGAUUAAUUGUUAUUCUGUGAGAAGUGAAAAAACAAUAAAUAAAAAAUAUUGCAAUUGUUA